AGUCAGUGAAGUGCAUAGGGGAGAGGAGGAGUGUCAGAGGAUGGUCAUGGAAACCCCAACCCCGCAGUGCGUUGGCCUUGAGUUUGUGCGCCAGUACUACACGGUGCUCAACAAGGCCCCCCUGCACCUCCACCGAUUCUUUAGUCACAACUCAUCGUUCCUGCAUGGGGGCCACACGUCGAUGAGUGAGCCAAUCGUGGGCCAGGCGGACAUCCACAAGGUUAUCAUGGGCCUCAACUUUCGCGACUGCCACGCCAAGAUAAGGAUGGUCGACGCGCAGGCUACCCUGGGUGAUGGGGUGGUCAUCCAGGUGACUGGCGAGCUGUCUAACAACGGUAACCCCAUGCGACGCUUCAUGCAGACCUUUGUACUGGCUCCACAGACACCCAAGAAGUACUAUGUUCAUAACGACAUCUUCCGCUACCAGGACGAGGUGUUCAGCGAUGAGGAGGGCGGGGAGGAGGCUGGCAGCGAAGGGGAGGAGGAGCUGGAGCCCCCACUCCCCACCCAGGGCUUCACCUCACCCCCUGCAUCCACCACCCCCUCUGUCACCACCCUCAACGGGGCACCCCCAUCCCCCGGAGCCUGGGACUGCCACACGUUAACCCAGGGACUGCCACGUGUAGUGGCUGCUGGCCCCGGAGCCUCCCCCCCCACGGCCGCCACAGCCCCCAUCGUGCCCCCAGCCCUCUCACCCACACCCCCGGCACCCAGCGUUCCUGAGGCCGCCGCCCCCGAGAGACCCCCCACUCCAGAGAAGCAGGAGCAGGAGGGAUGGUCGCGGGUGGCCCCUAGCACGGACAGUUGGGGCGCCGAAACUCAGUCCCCAUCUUGGGAAGACAUUGCUGCCCCACCCAAGGAGGCCCCGGAACCAGACCCACCCCAGCCAGACCCAGUUCAGCAGCAGCCUGUGUCUAAUGAGCCUAAGACCUAUGCCAACCUGUUCAAGAGUCAAGGCUUCCCCCCAGCCCCCUCCUCAGUCCCCACAGCCUCCCAGCCCCAGUCUGCAGCCCCUCCUGCCCCAACCUCAGCCCCUCACCAGACCCCGGCCAUGAACCGCGUGGAGAUCAACAACCGGCCUCCACCCACGUCGGCGGCGGCGGUGGCAGCCUCCACCCCCACAGUGGCGGGCAGCGGGGGCAUGGGCAGCCAGGCCCCCACCCAGGCUGGCGGGGGCAGCUUCACCCAGCGCAACCCCCGUACCAUGCAGGGUGGCCGAGGACCCCCCAGGGACCGCCCAUACCGCCCCAACAGUGAGGAGAACACGGAACUAGACAGCCUGGGAGGGGAGGAGAAGAGGAGACCACUCGUGCCUGACAGCCAGCAGAUCUUUGUGGGGAACCUGCCUCACACUGCGGGGGAGGAGGAACUGAAGUCUGAGUUCUCACGGUUUGGCAAGAUCAUGGACAUCAGGAUAAACACAGCCAAGAGUAAGACAGGACCUAAAGGACAGGUGCCCAACUUUGGCUUCAUCACCUUUGAGGAAGAGAGUACCGUUACUAGAGUGCUCGACAGUAGGCCCAUCCACCUGAACGGGGAGCACCGCCUGAACGUGGAGGAAAAGAAGGCCCGUCUUCGCGUGGAGGGAGGCAUGGGGCGCCCCACCAGUGGCCGAGGGGGCAUGGGGGGCGGCUUCCGGCAGGGCCCUCCAGGAGGACUGCAGGGACGAGGGGGUAGCCGGCCUAACUUACAAUCGCGACAACAACCGGGGUGGGCCCAGGGGGGGGUUUAUUUCCCCGCCGCUAGGUCCCCCUUACCCCCCCUGUUUCUGGCCUCCCCCCCACCGCCCCAGGAGGGAUGUCGAGUGGUGCUUGCCGUGGUGACGUCGCGACGAUGAUGAUGAUGACAAAACAGGAAUAAGUGAUAACGCAACCGUAUAAUUAAGAGAAAAAUGAUGAUGAUAAUGAAAGAUAUUAAUUAAAAAGGAAAGAAAAAAAACGUUUAAAAAAUUAUGAUGAUGAAAAAAAAAGUUAACUUCACACCGUUAAUUAUAAGUAGCUUCUUUUGUAAAUUUUAAU